AUGCGAAUUACCUCGUUCCUCACUGCGGGUGCCCUCGCGGCAUCUGCCAAUGCUACCACCCUCCCCACUAUCAAGACGUCCCAAGGUCGCCUUCGUGGUUCUAUCUCCGACUACCGCUCUGGUUCAACAGUGUACAAAGGUAUUCCGUUCGCUGCCCCUCCUGUUGAUGACCUUCGCUGGAAGGCACCUCAGGCAGCAUCACAAUGGAACGGCACCUUCAACGCGACCGAAUUUGGUCCUCAAUGUGCGCAGCCAUCUGGUGAUCAGGCUGGCAUCUUCUCGACUGGCAAGACGUCAAUGAGCGAGGACUGCCUUACUCUGAAUGUUUGGACGCCGACAUACAACCAGACAUCUGAUAUCACGUCCAAAAACCUCCCCGUGUUCGUAUGGAUCUUCGGAGGUCGAUUUGAAGGUGGAUCUGCAGACGUCAAGACAUACGAUGGAUCUGGACUCGCGGUCAAGGACGUUAUUGUCGUCACCCUGAACUAUCGACUCGGCGCCUUCGGCUUCCUCGCUCAUCCCGAGUUGUCAGAGGAAUCGGAGCAUAACAGCUCCGGAAACUAUGGUCUUCUAGACCAGCAGUUUGCGCUGCGGUGGGUGCAAGACAACAUCAAAAACUUUGGCGGAAACCCUGACCAAGUAGUUGUCGGUGGUCAGUCUGCGGGUUCUGCCAGCGCGCUGAGCAUCAUGUACAGCAAUCUGACCCAAGGCCUCGUCAACGGCGUCAUUGCCGAGUCGGGUGCGCGAUACCCCAAGGAUCCCAUGACGGGUGGUCUGGCGACUUCGCAUCGCAACAUGACUGGAGCUUUGGCCCAGGGUGAAGAUUUCGUCACGAACAGCCUCAACGUGUCUUCCAUUGCCGAAGCCCGCGCCCUCUCGUACGAGGUCCUCGCGAAUUACGGUCAACUGUCCGACACCACAUUCGAAGGCACGGUUUUUGAAAAUCUGUCUUCUGCAUUCAUGAACCCCCCUCUGUGGAGGCCCGUCAUCGACGGAUACGUGCUCCCUUACUCGUACGGCGAAUCUCUGCGUCUCGGAGCCCAUCUGGAUGUCCCGAUCAUGACAGGCAACAACAAAGACGAAUCUGGCGCUUCUCCAAUCACGACUUCCACGGUUGCCGACUACACGGCCGACUUCAGCGAGAUGUUCCAGAACUACUCCUCUUCCUUCCUUGAGCUCUGGCCAGUCAGCGACGCCGCCUCAGCCGCUAACCAGACGAACGCCUUCUUUCGGGACCUGUCCCGCGUCUCGACAUGGCUCUGGAGCAAGGCAUGGGCCGCUGGAGGCGCCGAGUCUGAUGUCUACGUGUACUACUGGACACACGCCCCUGCAGAGAACCCAUCUGGGGGUGCAUACCACGGUUCUGAGCUGUGGUACACCUUCAACAACAUUCCUUACGCGAGCUACUCCAAUGUCACCUGGACUUCUGAUGAUUAUGCAAUCGAGGAGAAGAUGGCGCAGUACUGGGUCAACUUUAUUACCACUGGCAACCCUAAUGGGAAUGGUUUGACCUACUUCCCUCCUUCCACGGGCGACAAGCAGCAGGUUAUGUGGCUCGGUGAUUCAUGGGGUGCUAAUUAUAUUACUGAGACGAAAGAUAGACUGACAUUCAUUCAGAACUGGCUCUCAGUUCUCUAUGAGUGGUAA